AUGAACCCGCCGCUGUGGGCAAUGCUAGUAUCAAUCGUCGUUGCUUCCGUCCCAAUGCUCCAGCGCCUUUUCUUCCACGAGGGCACCUUCGUUCGCAACUCAGUUACCCGCGCAAUCGAGCAGAACGGACAGGUCGCCGUGCCGCUGAUCCUGGUCGUACUCGGCGCGAACCUCGCGCGCAAUACCAUCCCCGAAGAGGCGCUAGCGGAUGUGGAACAUCCGCGCGACGAACGCAAGCUUAUCAUCGCUUCACUUGUUGCGCGCAUGCUUCUCCCGACUCUUAUCAUGGCGCCGAUUUUGGCGCUUAUGGCCAAGUUCGUGCCGAUUAGUAUCCUCGAUGAUCCGAUUUUCAUUAUUGUCUGCUUCCUACUUACGGGUGCGCCGUCGGCAUUGCAGUUGGCGCAGAUCUGUCAGAUCAAUAAUGUUUAUGUUGGUGCUAUGUCGAAACUCUUGUUCCAGAGUUAUGUUGUCUGGAUCCUCCCCUCGACCCUUGUGCUUGUCAUGUGCGCUAUGGAGGUCGUCGAGUGGGCCGCCUCUUCGUAG